GACUUCCCGACAACAGUACUGGACGGCUGAAAGGAAGAAUAGGCAAACGCCAUUGCCAAUGUCAAUGCCGCCUCUCACCUGUGCAUUUUCAUCAUCCAGAACAGAUGCCUAUUGUUCGUUAGGCUAUCAAUGGCCCUCGAACAGGAAUAUUCCACGCGUCCAUCAUCAUUGAUGAUUCGCCCAACUUCAGUAUUCGUCGAGCUCUAAGAGACAAGACACCAAAAUUAUGCAUCCCGUAAAGAGAAGACGCCUAAAUCAAGGCACAGCAUUCCUGAACAAGCCUUUCCGCUCACCACUGCGCAUGACACCUAGCAGUCACAAGGAACAAACUUCAAGCCCAGAUUCAAAGCUACAAGCGAAUACUAAUCAUGACUUUCCAUCGCCACGCGUGACCACUUCAAGUGAUUCAAUCGAAACGCCAGAAAAGCUGCAUGUGUCGGUUGACUCUGCCAAAGUCGAAUACAAGGACGUCCAAAAAGAAUACACUGCAUUGUCCCUUCAUCUCAAGAAAUUAUCCCAAUCACUUGACAUUGCUCAACAAGCUCUGCAGAUCGAAAGUUCAGCUCAAGAUGUCCAGUUACGAGUUUUGAUCUCCAAAUGGAAAGCUGUUGCCCAAGAUGCUGCUGAAAGGUUGUUUGUCGACGUCAAAGAACGGAUCGAUCAGAUGGGCGGAGUUGCUGCCUGGCGGGCGAGGACUCAGGAAGAUGCACGCCAUUGGAACUCUCAAGAGGAAGGCAAUGACCAAGUCCAGCACCGAGAGCCCCACGAUGAUGAUGCUCCAUCACAGAAUGCCGCAGCAAUCAAAGACGCUCGAGAAUCAGAGAAUGCUCCUGCAGACGAGGACGCGGAGGCAAGUUUUUUCACUAUGGACAUGAUGCUGCAAGAGAUGAACAUUGACCUCAAAGUCAUCGGCUAUGACAAGGACCUGGAAAGAUGGGUUGACUGAAGUCGAGAUCGACCUCGCCUCUAGAAGAAGAUUUGGGCAACAAUCCCAGUCCUCAAGAUUGAUUGCAUUGGCAAACUGUUGAUGCAGAUGCCCUCCAAAAUUCCCUCAGAUCUGCUGUAGUGGUUAUCCAGAAGCAAGGCGGCUGGAAGUAGGAAGCUGUUGUGGUGGUGGACCACAACCCUACUGCAGGUCAUGAUGGCAGGAAUAUUGGAA